CAGCGGCAACUGCGAGUGCGGUACCUACUACUGCGGCUUUGGGUAAUGGGUUUGUGAUUGCGAUUUGCGACGGUAACAUAAUCACCAAAUCCAAAACUUUUGACUUAAUAGUUUUUAUUAUUUGAUUGGUUUUAAUAUAGUAAUCAAAAUUGCUUCCACAAUGACAGUAACUCGGGUGGCAGAAUCCCGGACGGAAUUCAAAUUAAAAAGUCUUCCCGAGGACGCAAUUUCGAGUAUUAAAUUUGCGCCGAAAUCAAAUCAGUUUCUUUUGGUAGCCUCUUGGGAUUGUUCUGUGAGACUCUACGAUGUGUCAGCUAAUAUUGAAAGGCAUAAAUAUAACCAUGAGUUGCCCGUUUUAGAUGUUUGUUUCAGAGAUUCUGUACACUCAUACAGUGGAGGCGUAGAUCAAACUCUGAAGAUGUUUGACUUGAAUGCUACAAGUGAAACAGUACUAGGUGAUCACAAAGGGGCCAUUAGGUGUGUAGAGUUUGCAAGUGAGGUGAACGCUAUACUGACUGGAAGUUGGGAUGGAACUGUGAAGAUGUGGGAUAGUAGAGUGCCAAACUGUGUAGGUACAUAUAAUCAAGGAAAUGAAAGGGUGUACACAAUGAGUAUAGUUGGAGAAAAAUUUGUUGUUGGGACAUCAGGACGUAAGAUAUUUGUGUGGGAUGUGAGGAACAUGGGGCAUGUGAAUCAACGGAGAGAAUCCUCUCUCAAGUACCAAACUAGAUGCAUAAGAGUUUUCCCUAACAAACAAGGCUAUGUUUUAAGUUCUAUUGAGGGCCGUGUCGCAGUUGAAUAUUUGGAUAGUAAUCCAGAAGUACAGAAAAAGAAGUAUGCAUUUAAGUGUCACAGGAUUAAAGAUGGAGGUAUUGAGAAGAUAUAUCCAGUUAAUGCAAUUAGUUUUCACUCAGUGUACAAUACAUUUGCUACAGGGGGUUCAGAUGGCUACGUCAAUAUAUGGGAUGGUUUUAAUAAAAAACGACUUUGCCAGUUCCACAGAUAUAACACAGCAGUCUCAUCCCUAAGUUUUUCUCAUGAUGGCUCUGCACUUGCCAUUGCUUGCUCACAACUAGAUGAGACCCAAAUUGAAGAUCCCAAGCCCGAAGACACCAUCUACAUUCGAUAUGUUACUGACCAAGAGACCAAACCAAAAUGAGGGUGUCCUGUGGGUGCUGUAUGAUUUUGUGAUGGUAUUGCUAUGUAGUACCUAUAUAUCCUAAACUAUACCAUAGAUGUAUAAUAUGCUCAUGAUAAUAAAUAAAAUUGGUUCCAAGAAGACAUCUAAGGUUCUCUUCAUUUGUAACGAAUAAAAACCGAUCUGUGAGCAUUUUCCGGUGCGCCACAUGAAACAAACUUGCACUAAUUACUUGGCAGUAGUACAUUCAUGCAUUAUUUCACAUAUUAGAUUAGGUUUGGGAGUAUCUACAUAGAGUUGUUAUCACAAUAUCAUAACACCAUGAGUGUUGGAGGUUAAUAAAAGUGAAGUUUAAGUGGACUAUAAUUAAUAAGUUUUUAAUAAAUAUAUCUCUAAAGUG